GGCCAGUCUGUGCCAGAUGCUCAGCAGGCUGGACGGAGGGGCUGGCGUGUUCUCCAACCUCCUGCUAUGUGUCGUGUGCCUGAGUUCCGGCUUGCAGACCUUCCAGAUCCAUCGCGGGGCUGGGGCUGGAUUCCUCCUGCAGGCUGUCGCGCCACUCGUGGAAACAGCUGCUCCCUUCACUGCCCCGCUUGGGUCCGACUUGGAUUCAGGGCCCCUGGACAGCACCUGGUUCUCCGCCGUGGUUGGGCUCCCACUGCUGGCGUUUGCCUUCCACUGGCUGAACGGUGACCACUCCACCGCCAACAUCCUCUUGGGAGGGGCACUGCUGCUAGCCGCUGGCUCGGACUUCUCGGGAGGAGGCAAGGCUGUGAUGGCCCAUUCCAUCGCGAUGGUGGCCUCCAUCACCAUCCUGAUCCUUUCGAUCUUUACUGGGAAUGGCUACGGGAUCAUCGGCAGCCUUCUGGUGGGCGCCGCUGGCCUGCUGGAAGGUACCGACCUGCAGCGGUUGCUGAUGCUCAGGAAGAGGGACGUCGUUCGCUGUCUCAUGGCUGGAGCCAACCUGACUUUGCAGUGGGCUCUGCAGAGGGCGCGCCGAGAACUGGACCAGGGGGCUGUAGGGCUGUCGGCAGAGACCUCUAACUGAUGCUGGCCUGUAGCGGGACAUGUUUUGCCUUCCAUCUGAUACGCUUCAGAGUGCCAAGAGGCUGCGCUGUGGCCGUCUAGCAGGGAGGCUCCUAUGCAGUGUUGCCAGAGUGCCGUUAUGCACCUUCAGGGUUACAUUUGGCACCCUCUGCAUCACCACAAGGGAUGCUGCUGGAGUGUCGCAUCAGCACCUUGCUCCUCUAGGCGCAUCCAAGUAGUCCAACCCUGGACUCCGGUCAUGGGCUGCGGCCACGCGCCUUCUGGUUGAAGAACAGGAUCUUGUCACUUGUCCGGUGGGUGCUCUGGAAUCUUUUGGCACUGCUGAAUUCUGUUGCGUUUCUUGUUCCAGCAACCGGGAGUUCAGGCUAAACAUGGUUCCCUUUGGAACUGGGUCUCUUAAACUGGGAAAGGGAAGAACAGGGGAAAGCACACACGGUAAAUUGCCCCAAGAAGUGGGUGGAUCCAGGAAGGGGUCCUGUGUUGGGUUUUUUAGUAGGACAAUGGGAAGAAGGAAGAAGUGGGAAGAAGGAAUUCACAUGAGUCACUCUGGCAGCAUGAGAGGAUCGGCUGCCGCCCGGACACUCAAGUGGUGCGGUGUGCAGUUAGGGUGGGGUUUCGCCAGGGUCCCUGCAGACCCUCGGAAGGUAGGGAAAUGUGCUGCGUCCCCUACCUGGCUUGGCAGCACAAGGUGCACAGGUGGUUAGCAUUGGCAAAUUCCUGCAGGGUCCAUCUCUUUUCCAGGAAACUGCAGCAAAGAGCCACUUGCCGCAAAGGAUUCUGGGCUGCUCUCCAGAGAGCUGGACCCACCUAGUGUCUUGGCAUGGCUUCUUCCCUCCAGGUGGGCUCAGAAUAACCCUUUUGAGGUCAGGGCCAGAAUCUCAGCAGAUACUGGGGUUCUGUACCAAAAGAAACUAGGCGUGGUCCCACUGGAGAUGGCCCACUAAUCUGACUGGGAGCUGCUCAAGAGUUCUUUCUCUGCUUGAGGAGAGCCCCAAAAUGCAGGGAGCAGAAAGCGAGAGGCGAGGGCUCAGGCAACGAAGGCCGUUACUGCCUUGCCAAUGGCCUGGGCACGUCUGGAAUACGGACGCCGAUCCCAGUCCUUUUGCAGCCCUAAGCAGGCCUGGCAGUCUGUGGCUCUCUUGAGACAACUACAGUCCCUGCACCUACUGCAGCCAGCCAGGGGCCUGAUAGCACCCUUGGUUUCCGUGGCCCUCGUGCACACAGUGAAGCAAGUGACAAGUGGCACAGGCCUGGCCCAAGCCGUGUUGCAUUUGGGUUUUUAGUCUUGCACGAACAACCAGCUUUUAUGUGGGUUUUACUGCCAGGUCUGAAGUUGAUGUGUAAGGGGUGAUGAGUUCACACGUAACAGUAUACUUGCUUUCCAUGCAUCAGUUCCGCAUGUGGAAGCUCUGCGCAAGUGAGAAAUCAUUGCCUGCAAAGCCUCGCUAAUGAUUGUUGACCCAGAGUCUGAGGUUUCCACCCUCCCUGUUCCGCCUCUUCUGCGCCAGGACUGCCCGCAGCUCCCUCCUAGCCUUCCUCUGCCACUUAGCGACUCUCAAGGGCCCUUGUAAGUACUUUGGACUCUCGCAUUUCCCAGCUCACAUGCACAGCCUUUCCGAGCUCUGAAACGUGAUGAGGAAAUGCUUCUUGGGGACACAGCAAGGCUGUAAAUCUUUUUGAAAACUUGA